AUGUCAUCUCUAAAUAAUUGUUAUGGAGUAGCUUUCAGAUCAAUAGCUACUGCUGAUGAAACUUUAUUUCACAGCACCAUUAAGUUCUACCACAGUUUAGGUUUCUCAACCAUCAAAGAAUUCGAUAAAUUCAAACACGGUCAAAAUGCUCUAUUAUCUUCGGGUACUUCAGAAGGUUCAAUUAAAGAGAAUUGGUUGGAAGCUUUUAAAUUAAGCGAAGUCGAUCAAGCAGGUUUUAGAAUCCCACAACAAGAAGCUUCCAACAAGAAGCAAUCUCAAGGUGCUCUAUUGAAAAUCCGUUUAAUCAUGAAACAUGAGGCUAAGGCUCAUCCAAUUUUUGUUGAAGAUAACUCUACAACAGUCACUUAUUUCUCCAUAGACUUGAAGCAAAUUUUAGCUAAGUUCCCUGAUGCCACUAGAAUUUCAGACACUUUGAUAUCUGUGAAUGAUCCUUUAAACAACAAAAUAUUCUUCACUUCUUUUGCUAAUGCUUUGGACUCUGAACCAACUAUGAAAGAUUUUUUCAUGACUGGUUUAUCCGAGGAAGAAAAACAAUCUCAAAUUGCUAAAGAUGCUGCUGAAUUUUUACAGAAAUCUCUUAUCAACAAGAGCAAAAAUGGUUCAAUUAAGAAGAAGAUUGCCGUUAUGACUUCCGGUGGUGAUUCUCCAGGUAUGAAUGCUGCUGUCAGAGCUGUCGUCAGAACUGGUAUCCAUUAUGGUUGCGAUGUUUAUGCUGUUUACGAAGGUUACGAAGGUUUACUAAGAGGUGGUGAAUACCUAAAGAAAAUGGCUUGGGAAGAUGUCAGAGGUUGGUUGAGUGAAGGUGGUACUCUAAUCGGUACUGCUAGAUCCAUGGAUUUCAAACAAAGAUGGGGUAGAAAGCAAGCUGCUGGUAAUUUAAUCUCUGAAGGUAUCGAUGCCUUAAUUGUCUGUGGUGGUGAUGGUUCUUUAACCGGGGCUGAUUUAUUCAGACACGAAUGGCCAUCUUUAGUCGAAGAAUUGGUCGCUGAUGGCAAAUUCACCCAAGCUCAAGUCGACCCAUUCAAGCACUUGACCAUUGUCGGUUUAGUUGGUUCCAUUGAUAACGAUAUGUCUGGUACCGAUUCUACCAUUGGUGCUUACUCUUCUUUGGAGAGAAUCUGUGAAAUGGUUGAUUACAUCGAUGCUACUGCCAAAUCUCAUUCCAGAGCUUUCGUUGUCGAAGUUAUGGGUAGACAUUGUGGUUGGUUAGCUUUAAUGGCUGGUAUUGCCACAGGUGCUGACUACAUUUUUAUUCCAGAAAGAGCCUCUGUAAAGGGCAAAUGGGAAGAUGAAUUAAAGGAAGUUUGUUCCAGACACAAAUCUAAGGGUAGAAGAAACAUCACCGUCAUUGUCGCCGAAGGUGCUUUAGAUAACGAAUUAAACGCGAUUUCUGCUGAUGAUGUUAAAGAUGUCUUAGUUGACUUAGGUUUGGAUACCAGAGUUACCAUCUUAGGUCACGUUCAAAGAGGUGGUACCGCUGUUGCUCAUGACAGAUGGUUAGCUACUUUACAAGGUGUUGACGCUGUGAAGGCUGUCUUAGAAGCUACUCCAGAAACCCCAUCUCCAUUAAUCGGUAUUAACGAAAACAAGAUUAUCAGAAUGCCAUUAGUUGAAUCGGUCAAAUUAACUGGUUCCGUAGCUACUGCUAUCGAAGCCAGAGACUUCGACAAGGCUAUCUCCCUAAGAGACCCAGAAUUCAUUGAAUUAUAUGAAAAUUUCUUAUCUACCACCAUUAAAGAUGAUGGUUCUGAAUUACUACCUGAAGACAAGAGAUUAAAGAUUGCUAUUGUCCAUGUCGGUGCUCCAUCUGCUGCCUUAAAUGCCGCUACCAGAGCCGCCACUUUAUACUGUAUAUCACAUGGUCACAAACCAGUUGCCAUUACCAAUGGUUUCAGUGGUUUAAUCCAAACUGGUGAAGUUAAAGAAUUGUCAUGGUUAGAUGUCGAAGACUGGCACAACUUGGGUGGUUCAGAAAUUGGUACUAACAGAUCCGUCGCUUCUGAAGACAUGGGUACCAUUGCAUACUACUUCCAAAAGAACAAAUUUGAUGGUUUAAUCAUCUUAGGUGGUUUCGAAGGUUUCAAAUCUUUAAAACAAUUACGUAACUCUAGAUCUGAAUACCCUAUCUUUAACAUCCCAAUGGUGUUAAUCCCAUCCACUGUUUCUAACAACGUUCCAGGUACCGAAUACUCUUUAGGUGUCGACACGUGUUUGAAUUCUUUGGUUAAAUACACUGAUGAAAUUAAAUUAUCUGCUUCAGCCACCAGAAGAAGAGUUUUCGUCGUUGAAGUUCAAGGUGGUCACUCCGGUUAUAUUGCUUCUUUCACUGGUUUAGUUACCGGUGCUGUCUCUGUCUACACCCCAGAAGAAAAAAUUAACUUGGAUUCUAUUCAAGAAGAUAUUGCUUUAUUGAAGGAAAACUUCUUAAAGGAUCAAGGUGAAAACCGUAACGGUAAGAUUAUAAUCAGAAAUGAAGAAGCUUCUUGCGUAUACACCACUGAUAUGUUAGGUGACAUCUUUGCUGAAAACUCAGGUAAAGCAUUUGGUGUUAGAACUGCUAUUCCAGGUAACUACCAACAAGGUGGUUCUCCAUCUUCCAAAGAUCGUGUCAUUGCUUCCAGAUUUGCUGUUAGAUGUGUUAAAUUCAUUGAACAAUGGAAUGACAAGAACCAAUCUGUUGGUGAAAAUAUUGACUCCAAGGUUCUAAGAUUCAAAUUCAAUGACUGUGGUGAAAAAGUACCAACCAUUGAACACGAAGAUGAUUCAGCUGCUGUCAUUUGUGUGAACGGUUCAUCUGUUUCAUUCAAACCAGUUGCUUCGUUGUGGGAUACUGAAACCAAUGUUGCAUUAAGAAAGGGUCAUGAAAUCCACUGGACUAAUUUCAAUGAAAUUAGUGACAUCUUAUCUGGUAGGUUAAGAUUAAGAGCCGAACUAGAAGCUUCUAAAUCCCAAUAA